UAUAGACCUCCGAACCCAUCACAACCAAAAGCAUCAAAGUUUACUUACAAAAAUUAGAAACAAAUCAUUCAUCUUCUCAAUUUGCUUGAAACAAUGGCAUCAAGUAUCUCAAAUCACGAGAACUCAUGGGCUGAUCAGUGGGACUACACCAACCCAGAUCCCUUGCCUGUUUCUGAGACCAAGAACAGCUCCGGCGCAAAGGCGAAAUAUGCCAAGAAAGUUGAAGAAGGGCUUGGAAAAACAAAAGAAGUGGCAUCAAAUGGCAUGAACAAAGUGAAGUCAGGAGCUCAAUCGGGUUUCCACUGGAUCAAAGACAAGUACCAAAAGACAACCGGAAAGCAGUAGCUAGCUGCAUGCAGCUUUGCCUCUAUCAUCUUAUAUGGAACAUUUAUACAUAUUACAUAUGUAUAUAUGUAUAUGCUACCAUCUUAUCAUUCUUUAAUUUUUAUGACUUUUUGUUGUUGUUAUUGUAUUUCGUAUUUGUAUACGGAUUUGAUUUGAUCUGAUCUGAUUCAUUAUAUUCUGGAUAUUGAUUUGAUUUUUCUGUUUCCAAAAUGAGUCCAUGGUUCAAUAAACAAAACAGAGCUUCCUUCAUGGAGAUCAAUACAACUUCAAAAAAUUUUGAAGCAGUAAAUGAGGAUCAAGAGGUAGAGAAUAUAUAUGUUU